AUGGCGCCUGGUGCCUCUUUGCUGACCAAGCUCAAGGUCCAGCUCAAGCUCACCAUCGCGCGCCUCCGCAUGGUCCAGCAGCGAGAUGAGCAGCUCGGCAAGACCCAGCGGAGGGCCAUGGCCCAGCUCCUCGAGGCCGGCAAGAUCGACUCGGCCCGCAUCCGCGUCGAGAAUAUCAUCCGAUCCGACAUCACCAGCGAGCUACACGAGAUGCUCGAGCUUUACUGCGAACUGCUGCUUGCGCGCGCGGGGCUUAUGGAGGGACACACGGUCGACCCAGGACUGGAGGAGGCUAUCCAGAGUCUGAUCUACGCGGCGCCCAAGACGGAGAUCAAAGAGCUCGGAACGGUGAGGACGCUGCUGGCUGAGAAGUACGGCAAGGAAUAUGUCAUGUCGGCCACGGAGAAUACAGAAGGCAAGGUCAACGAGAAGGUGGUCAAGAAGCUGAGCGUCACGCCCCCUCGGGAGGAGCUUGUGGUUGGGUACCUGGAGGAGAUUGCCAAGGCUUACGGCGUCGACUGGCCCAAGCGGGAAACGGUCUCGCCACCCCCAGAGCUCCUCGACGACGACGACGAAGCAGCAGACGAUGAAGACAAGCCUUCGGGUGGGCAGAAGCAAAAAGUCCUCGAGGCGCCUCUGGUAGCGGAGCCCAAGGAUCCAGUCCUAAACACACCGGUCAAGAAGCUCAGCGGCGGAGGUCCUACCAGUCCGCUCACGGUGACGCCACCCCGGAUGACGACGGAUAACGUGCACCCCAAGGUGACGCUGGGAUCUGUGGAGCUGAAACCGAGCAAGAAGGCCGAGGCGGCGUCGCGGAAGGAGCCUGAGGGAUCGAUCCCAGAUAUCGGAGACUUGGAGAGGAGGUUUGCGGCGUUGAAGAAGCGGUGA